CUCACAUUGAUAGGUAACAUUUUAAAAAUAUCAUUCCUUCACCUAUUUUUUUUUCUUCAUCAUCAUCAUCAUCAUCAUAAUGGCCUUUUCAAUGAUUCAUAAACUAUUCAUUUUAUUUACCUUGGUAAUGUUUGUUUUUGCGAAUCCUGAAUUAAAAAUGGAACAACCUACAAAACUACUUGGUGCUAUCAUUAGAAAACCUAAAAUAUGCAAACAAAAAGUAUCUAGUGUUUCAACGGUGAAAUUGCAUUAUCGAGCAAGAGCUUGGGGAGUUGAAGAUUAUUAUGAAAAUACGUAUGGUGGUGAACCAUAUACGUUUACAAUUGGUAAAGACACUAUGUUAAAAGGCUUGAAAGAAGGUAUUUCUGGUAUGUGUGUUGGUGAAAUUCGAAGAUUGCUUAUUUCUGCAGAUAUGGCAUAUGGUCCUGCAGGCUUACCUAAUAUAGUACCAGAAAAUACAGCAGUUAUAUAUGAAGUUGAGAUGAUUGAUGUACAAUCACCUUUUAGCAAUCCCUGGUUUUGGUUUGGAUUAGCAGUUUUGGCUUGUGGCUUUAUUUAUAGUAACAGAUUUACCAAAAUGGCUGAAGCAUCAAAAUCUACUACAUUCCUGGAACAAAAGGAUCAAGAAAAGAGAACUAAAACUGAAUAAUGAUAGAGUUUUAACCCCUAUUAUUCUUAAUACAAAGUAUAUUAAAUUACCUAAUAAUCCCUUUCAUUUUUAUAUUAAUAUUAUUCUUAUACUUUCUCCUGUUCUUUAUUAUAAAGAAUAUUCAAAUGUUUCAUUUUGUUAAUCCGCUUAAAUUAUUAAUACAAUUUUAAAAUAAACAAAAAAGAGUAAAUGAUUCUAAGACAGUAAUUAGAAUAAAUAAGCAUAUAUUAUUUAACCAAUAUUCUUUUUUUUCUUUCCUUUUUCUAUU